CAUAAAAAAAAAAAAAAAUAGAGGACAAACUCGGAAACCCCCCUCGACUCCUCACCCAACGUUCUCACUCGCGGCAACAUAUAAUAUCAGCUUACUCUCUGUUGGAGCUUUCGCAGCUACAGCACUGUCUGGAUCACCCCAAACACCUCGUUCUCCUUCAAGUAUGGCGAUGGUUCCAUUUUGCUCCUGAUAUAUUUAUUUGUAUUGAAACUUUGGAAUGGGAACUCAAAGUCUUUUGUGGAAUUCUGUGAAGAAGUUUUUAACCUGUGGGCUCAUUGGCCUUACUAUUUCUGAUCGGUAUGCAAGUAUUGUUCCAGUGCGAGGUGCUUCUAUGUCUCCCACGUUUAAUCCUCGAGCCAGAAAUUUUACGGAUGACUAUGUUUUGGUGGAGAAGUUUUGCCUUAAAAAGUACGAGUUUUCACACGGCGAUGUGGUAAUUUUCUGCUCCCCGAGUAAUCACAAGGAGAAACACAUAAAGAGAAUAAUUGCCUUACCAGGAGACUGGAUUGGAGCUACUCAUAAUUCUCAUGAUGAUGUGUUGAAGGUUCCCAAAGGACAUUGCUGGGUAGAGGGUGAUAAUUCAGCUUCUAGCAUGGAUUCCAGAUCUUUUGGCCCAAUUCCUCUUGGUUUAGUUAAAGGAAGGGUGACCCACAUCGUGUGGCCUCCUCAGAGAAUAGGUUUAGUCGAGAGAGUAUUUCCUCAAGAAAGAGUUUCUUCUUUUAAGUAGUAUUUCAACUGGAUUAUUUUGCAAGGGAUAACAAUUUUGUACUUUUCUUGAUUAAUUUCCUCUUGGGCAUUUGCCUAGGCAGUAAAUUUUUUUAUUGGAUUCCAUCUUGUCAA